GGAGGAGGAGGAGGAGCCAAGAUGGCGGCGAUGGCGGCGCUGUGUCGGAGGCUGCGGGCGCUGGGCCGGGGGCUCAGAGGGGUGCAGAGCCCGGCGGGGCCCCCCCGUUAUGAGGAGUCGACGGCCGAGUUUGAGUUGGUGGAGCGGCUGCUGCCCCCCAGCCGCAUCCCCGAGCCGCCCCCGCACCCCAAAUACCCCACCCCGUCCGGCUGGAGCCCCCCCGCAGGCCCCCCCCCGGACCUGCCGUACUUCGUUCGCCGCUCUCGCCUGCACAACCUCCCGGUGUACCUGGGCCAGCGGCAGGGCCGGCGCCUCACGGCGCUGCGCCACAUCCACGGCGACAUCUGGGCGCUGGAGCGGGACCUGAGGGCGUUCCUGGGCUCGCUGGGGGUCGGCGAGGUGCAGGCGCAGGUGAACGAGGUGACGGGGACGCUGCGGCUCAGGGGGCACUGGGGGCCUGAGGUGCGGCAGUGGCUGCUCCAGAAGGGCUUCUAGAGACCCCCAAACCUGCGGGGGACCCCCAAAUCUGCUGGGGGAGCCCGAAAUCUGCUGGGGGGAGCCCAAAAUCUGCGAGGGAUCUGCUGUGGGUACACCUGGAGCAUCCUGGAAUGGACCCUGGACAACGCAAACAUCUGUUGGGGGCACCUCCAGAUCCACGGGGGGAGCUUGGAAUCCACCUGGGCACCCCAAAAUCUGUUUGGGGCACCUCCAGAUCCACCUGGGCACCCCAAAAUUUGUUUGGGGCACCUCCAGAUCCACCUGGGCACCCCAGAAUCCACCUGGGGCACCUCCAGAUCCACCUGGGACUCCCAAAAUCCAUUUGGGGCACCUCGAGAUCCACCUGAAACACCCCAGAAUGUGUUGGGAACAGCUCGAAAUCCACAGGGGGAGCUUGGAAUCCACCUGGGCACCUCCAAAUCCACUUGGAGCAUCCCAAAAUCUGCCUGGAGUCUGCAAAAUCCCUCUGGAGAACCCCUGAGUCAGUUGGGGGGUACCUCGGACUCCAUGGCGGGGUCCUGAAAUCCACCUGGGACACCCCAAAAAUCCCUGGGGGAUCCCAAAAAUCUGCUGCUCCCCCUCCCAAAUGAAAGAAACCCCAAUAAACGCCUCGGGUAACUC